AUGGAUAAAUAUAUAACAACAAAAAAUGAAGUCCUGAAUAAGCCAUCUAUAUCUGGAAUACAAAUUAAAGUAUCGGUAGCAGAGUCUCUAUCUGACAAGUCAAAUCAGAUAACUGAAGAUUGUGUUGAAGAGAUUGUGGACAAAGUUUCCCAAAGUGAAAUGAUAAGCUGUGGUACAAUUACAAAUGCUGCUCCGGAUGACACCAUUGGUGAUUUACAACCAAUACAAAUUCUAGAUGACGUUAGUACUGUUGUCGCCAAUAUAACGGAUCCUGCCACUUGGCUAGUCACCCGAAAUGGCAAAAUCAUCGAUCACAUAAUUACUAGCGGCCCAGUGCAAAAUCAGAUUGAUAAUUAUCCGAAGAAUGAUACAGGCCGACAUUUCUCUAAUUCUCAUUUCACAAAAAUUCUUGCAAACAAUGAAACAAUUCAGCGCCGUUGGUUAAUUUACUCCGUUUCUAAGGAUCGAGUUUAUUGUUUUUGUUGUAGACUAUUUGAUAGUAGCUCAUCGUCGAACUUAGUAUCUGAAUGGUAUAACAACUGGAAACACUUGUCUGAAAUAUUAAAAAAUCAUGAAAAUAGCACUUUUCAUAAGAAGUUUUACCGUUCAUGGAUUGAAGCUGAACUACGAUUAAAAAUAGGUAAAACAAUAGACUGCCAAAAGCAACACUUGAUUAAAAAGGAAACUACAAGAUGGAAUAAUGUUUUGUCUAGAUUGAUGCAUAUCACACUUUAUUUAUCCGAAAACAAUAUGGCGUUCAGAGGUACUUCUGACAAACUAUACACGCCAAAUAACGGAAAGUUCUUAGGCUUAGUACAACUACUAGCCAAAUUUGAUCUAGUCAUAUUUCAGACCACUACUGUGGAAAAACAUUCAAAAUAA